AUGCCGCCAUCACUAAUAAGAAGUGAACCUCCACCAGGAGUAGUGAGCAAACGUCGUUCAGUGAUACCUUUUGGUGUGUGUGUGACCAGAGCUGGCUGUGGAGGCGGCUCGCUCCCCGGGGGAAGGGGUGGCGCAGUGGGGGCGGAGCGGCUCCUCUCACCGGGCGGUGUCAGCCGUAAAAGACGGGACAGAGGGGCGGAGGCAGGCCGACAGAGGGAUACAUUUCCCCGGGAGGUUUCAGCGAACUGCACCAACAGACUUCAGGUCAUCAGCAUGUCUGAGAAAGUGAGCGCCGAGGAGCUGGAGGAGAUCAGGCUGGGCUUCCAGAAAGUCGAUGUGGACGGUAGUGGUUACAUCUGCGCCUCCGAACUGGGCGAUCUCUUCCGGGAGGUGGGCUGUCCGCUGCCUGGAUACCAGAUCCGGGAGCUACUCCAGAAACUGGACCGAGACAAAGACAGCCGCAUCGACUUUGAGGAGUUCACCGCUAUCUUCCAUGAGAUGAAGGAUGACCGCAUGGCUCAGGGUUUCAGGAAAGCUCUCAGCAAGAGAGAAGGUGUUGUGGCCAUCAAAGGCACCAGUGAGACCUCCAGUGAGGGAACUCAGCAUUCCAUCUCUGAACAGGAGCGCUUCGCCUUCGCCAACUUCAUCAACUCAGCUUUGGAGAAGGACCCAGAUUGUAAACAUGUUCUGCCCGUUGACCCUACCACCGGACAUCUGUUUAAAGCUGUGGCCGAUGGCAUUUUGCUUUGUAAACUCAUCAACCUGUCUGUUCCCGACACCAUUGAUGAGAGAACUAUCAACAAGAAGAAACUCACUGCCUUCACCACACAGGAGAACCUGAACUUGGCUCUGAACUCAGCUUCAGCCAUCGGGUGCCAAGUGGUCAACAUCGGCGCUCAGGACCUGAAGGAGGGCAAGCCUCACCUGGUGCUCGGCCUCCUCUGGCAGAUUAUCAAGAUCGGACUGUUUGCAGAUAUAAAGCUGAGCCGCAACGAAGCCCUUGCAGCGCUGCUGGAGGAGGGGGAGAGUCUGGAGGCGCUGAUGAAACUCAGUCCUGAAGAGCUGCUGCUGCGGUGGGCCAAUUUCCAUUUGAGGAAUGCUGGCAUGUCCAUAUCAAACUUUUCUGGAGAUAUUAAGGACUCCAAGGCGUAUUUCCAUCUGCUGGAGCAGAUCGCUCCAGAUGGCAGCAAAGAGGGCGUUCCUCGGAUUGAGAUCGACAUGACUGGUCUCUAUGAGAAAGACCUUAAAAAGAGAGCCGAAUGUUUGCUGAAACAGGCCGAACGGCUGGGCUGCCGUCAGUUUGUGACUGCCAAUGAUAUCGUGACCGGAAACACCAAACUCAACCUGGCCUUCGUGGCCACGCUCUUCAACAAACACCCAGCGCUCACCAAACCCGAAAACCAGGACUGGAAUCUCGAGAGUGAGACAAGAGAGGAGAGAACUUUCAGGAACUGGAUGAACUCGCUGGGAGUCAGUCCACACGUUCACUACAUCUAUGGAGAUCUGCAGGAUGCCAUAGUAAUUCUGCAGUUGUAUGAAAAGAUUAAAGUGCCAGUGGACUGGGACAACAAAGUCAACCUUCCUCCCUUUAAGGGAGUAGGAGGAGGUCACUUAAAGAAGAUUGAAAACUGCAACUAUGCUGUGGAGCUGGGUAAGAAGAAAGCCGGAUUUUCCCUGGUGGGAAUCGGAGGUCAGGACCUGAACGAUGGAAACGAGACUCUCACCCUGGCGCUGGUGUGGCAGCUGAUGAGGAGGUACACUUUAAACGUGCUGGCGGACCUCGGGCAUGGAGAGGUUGCUGGAGAUGAUUUGAUCAUCUCGUGGGUCAAUAAGACUUUGAAGGAAGCUGGCAAGACAUCCUCCAUCAAAAGCUUUAAGGACAAAGUUAUCAGCACCAGUCUUCCAGUUCUGGACCUGAUUGAUGCCAUUCAGCCUCAGAGCGUAAACUCCGACCUGGUGAAAAGAGACAGUCUGUCAGAUGAAGAUAAACUGGACAAUGCCAAGUAUGCCAUCUCCAUGGCGAGGAAGAUCGGCGCUAAAGUCUACGCCCUGCCUGAGGACUUGGUGGAAGUCAACCCUAAAAUGGUGAUGACCAUCUUUGCCUGCCUGAUGGGGCGGGGCAUGAAGAAGGCUUAAAGGAGCAGCACGUACACAUCUACACCCUCACAGACACAAACUUACACACACACAUAGGGACGGUCUUCUCCUGCCAAGACAUAAAGACAGUAAACAUGGUGGUACUGUGUAUUUUAUAUUUAGCUUUUUUCCCAUGAUGCAUCACUCCUUUCUCGGUUCCGCUUUGUGCCAGCCUGUUCACAGGAAGAGCAUUUAUCAAAGUAAAGCCAUAAUAAUCCUCACAGAAUGCCUUUUAUUGUAGAAUUUUCAGUCUGACUGAAGCCUUGUUAGAUUUUAGAUGGUCCGUAAAAUGAAAGUCAUUUAGUAGAGUAGGAUUGAUUGAUUCUGCAUUAAGACUGAAACUAUCCAACCAAAUAUUUCCCAAAAAUGUUCUUUGAGUUGUAUUUUAGAGACAGCAAUUUCGCAUAUUUAAAACCAAAGUCUGGGUAUUUUCCUCUGAUUUUUAAAUAAUAACAAAAACAACAUUAAUAACUGCAGAAAAGUGUUGUACUUAAAGCAAAAGCAGAUUAUUUUAUAACUCCAUGCUGAUUUCAAACUGCUGCUGCUUUCAUAGAAAGUUCCAACAAUACAGUAAAUAAGUAAAAACUGGUGGUGAGUCCAAGCUGACCGUAAUGUUGAUUUUACAUCGGCAACAUCUGAGUUUAUUGCCUCACCGUUAUUAUAACACUGUGAGUGUAAUAACGAAGGAAAACAAUAUGAACUCACAAUCAAAUAAUGACCAAAUGCUGCAGCUCCUUGUGCUGCUGCUUCUCAUACAUUCCACUGCAUCUGUAAUGUUUUAAAACUCCUAUGAGCCCUAAUAUUCUCUAAAGAUGUCUGCCUUCCAAUCAUGUAAUUGUAAUGCAAACUGGUUUAAAAUACUCUGUAAUCCAAUUAAACCUCCCGACAUGACUAUGUACAAUCAGAUCUCUUGUGUGAAAUAAAUUUCUUUCCAUUUGUCUUGACA